AUGAGCGCUGCGGCCUCGUCUCGAUCCACCGCCGGCUCGAUCGAUCUCGCGAGGAGGAGGAGGAGGGACGACGAGAAUACUAACAACAACAACAACAACAGGAAUAAAAGGAGGAAUAUUUCCAACCAGCGCGUGAAAGUUGGCGCCAUCGGUGAAGUCAUUCGGUUUCGCAAUUUCGAAACGAGUUGGAACUCGAACGAGAAAACGCUCGCGUUCGAGCGAAAGGACGAACGGUUUCGAGACGUGCAGUUUCGCGAAAAUCAGUUUCGUUUGCUGGAACCCUUGUUGGUGCCACUGGUCGGCGAGGAAGAGGGGUUCGCGGAGUUGAUUUUGACGUGCCCGGAAGUGCUCGGGAUGGAUGCGAGACAAUUGGGUUGGACUUUGGUGUUGCUCAGUGCUGGUGACGAAGGAGACUCGCUCGUGGAUAUCGCGAAGACGACGCCGGAGAGGUUGGUGUUGAGCGAGGAAGACAUCGCGAGGAUGAAAAGAGAACGAAAUAAAAUGUACACAGAACAGAAGAAACGAGCCGUUUUGAAAGCGAGAGAGGCUGUGGCGAAGUUAUCGCAGACGAUGAUGCAAAAUGUGGCGAGCGGUAAAAGCGAGAAUAACGACACCGCGAGGAUGUCCAGGGACGGGAGAACGGAAGGCGGGAAUGCAAAAUAUGCGGUGCAAGGGACUUUAAAAGGCACAUCCACGAGAGAAGGGGAUAUUAUCGCUCGGUUCUGGAAUCUCUGGGGAGGGAGCAACCGAUGCCGUCAGAUUUUAACGAAAAGCGCGAGAGAUUCAAUAUAUAGAACGCCGGGAAGAUUGGAGGCGAAAUUGUUAGCGCUCGAUCGAGUGUUUCCUUUUUUAGACGUGCCACUGUUUAUGCAUAAGGAGCCAAGGCUGUUUGAAGUGGAUACGAACGAGUUAAUUAUGCGAGUAGCGAAAUGUAGAGACGUGUUUAGGAGUGGUUCGGUCGCGCACGUGGUGACUCUCGCCCCAGGGAUUUUGCUGGAAGAUCUCGAGGAAGUGAAGGAGGCGUUAUGUUCGUUUAAAAGAAAUAACAACUUGCGUUCGGAACAUGAAGUUUACGAGGAAAGUUGCACUUUGUUCAUGGCGUUGCAAACGAAAAUGAACAAAGCGAGACCAAACGAUCCGGAAAUUUUAUACGCGGAGUCUUUGAAAGCGCACGUGAUUGAAGGAAACAUGGGAUGCUCGAUAUAA